GGAGACUUGUUUUCCAUAUCCAGCUGUUAUUGACACUUCGUUCCACUACGUUCAUUAGUCUCGAUCUCGCCCAAAUUUCGCCAAGAUAAGAAGGGCUCGGUUCUCCUUCCUCCAGUACGAUUCACAAGUGCAGAGCCAUUGAUCUCUUGCAACAACCGUGAUUGGACGCGCCUUCACAUGACCUGCCAGUGACCUCGUUAUCAAAACGCCGCUGCAGAUAAAACAAUAGUAGCAGAAUGUGAACGCGCUGGCGAAAGGUUUCCAAUUGAGAUCAUAUAACGAGAUGGAUCGAGACGAGGAAGGUCCUCUGUUUUUGGGCUUGGAUUUAAGCACUCAGCAGCUGAAAGCAGUGAUUGUUGACGAGAAUCUGCAAGUGGUCCACGAAGCUCACGUGCAGUAUGACAACGAGCUUCCAGAAUUUAGAACCCAGGGUGGUUUCAACACCAGCAAAGCAAAAGUGCCUGAGGUCACUGCAUGUCCAAACAUGUGGCUGAAGGCGCUGGACAUCCUGAUGGACCGUCUGCGCGUCAACUGGGGUCAGGGCGAACUUUUCGGCCGCAUCAAGGGCGUCUCGGGCGCCGCCCAGCAGCAUGGCACCGUCUUUUGGCACAAGGGCGCCGAAAGGACCAUGGCCACCCUCAGCCCUUCCACAUUCCUCCACACGCAGAUGGCCUCCUGCUUUUCGCUGCCCAACUCGCCCAUCUGGCGCGACCACACCACUACCAAGCAGUGCGCAAAAAUGAGCAAAAUCCUUCAAGAAGCUGAUCUGAGCUUAUCAGAGAUAACUGGUUCGCCAGCCCACGAGCGCUUUUCUGGUCCACAAAUCUGCAAGGUUUAUGAAACCAAAACUCAGAUCUACAACAACACGGAGCGAAUAUCCCUGAUCAGCAGCUUUUUGUGCUCAAUUUUCCUCGGUCGUUAUGCGCCGAUCGAUUGGUCCGACGGGUCUGGAAUGAACUUGCUGGACAUCAAAACUCAUGAGUGGGACCAUAAUUGCAUUGAUGCAUGCGCGCCAGAUUUGGAAGCGAAACUGAGUGAGCCUUGCAAGACCCAAACCGUUCUCGGGAAAAUUUCUUCCUAUUUCGUUGAUCGUUUUUGCUUCGAUUCCGACUGCCAAAUUGUUGCAUUUACUGGUGACAACCCAUCAUCACUGGCAGGUCUCUGCUUGGGACCGAAUGAAAUUGCUCUCAGCCUUGGUUCAAGUGACACUCUUUUUGCAUGGGUCUCUGAAUAUUGCACCUUACCAGAAGGGCUCGGCCACCUCUUGUGCAACCCUGUUGAGCCAGAACAUUACAUGGCCCUUCUAUGUUUUGCAAACGGCUCUCUGACCAGAGAAAGAUUGAGGAACAAAGUGGCCAAGGGCAGCUGGGAUGAGUUCAACUCUUUGUUGGACAGCAUGCCGAGAGGGAAUUUUGGCAACUUUGGCAUCUUCUUGGACGUUCCUGAACCUCUUCUACCUGGAGUCGAGCCGACGGAGAAAAGAUACAAUGCGGCAGGAGUUGAAGUUUCUCAUUUUUCAAGCCCCGAAAUAGAAAUUCGGGCCUUGGUUGAGGGCCAAGCCCUGAGCAGGAGAGCGGCUUUGGAGACGCAGCUUGGGAAGAAUUUCUGCUCGAAUUUGAAAAUUGUUGCAACGGGGGGAGCUUCGAGGAACAAGCAUUUGCUCCAAGUCUAUGCUGACGUUUUUAACGCCCCGGUCUAUGUUCAGGACGGAGUUAAUUCUGCCGCGCAAGGUGGAGCCUUUAGAGCUUAUCAUUUAGUCAGACAGCCUGACAAGCCCUUCUCAGAAUUGGCAGCCAAGUUUAGAGGCGCCGAAGAGCCGCUUUGCACUCCUUACGCUGACGCACAAGAGGUCUACAAUCCUCUGCUGGAAAAGUGGACCUUGACAAUCAAAUCAUUGACAAACAACGACAAGUAAAAUUAAAACGGUAACUCACCUGUGAUAACCACAGACACGCAUUCCAAAGUAACCAGCAAGUCGCACACGAAACUUUGCAUUCCUAAUUAUAACGUAUUUUGCGCAUAGGAAAAUGUUAAAAAAACCUAUUGUUUAUUAAUUGUUGAAUAGUUUUAUUUUGUUAAUUUAUUAAAACGCACAAACGAGCUUACAAUAAAAAUGCAUUGAAUAUCAAAAAU